CAUCAGCAAUACUAGUCUUACAAUUGAGAUCACUUCCGACUGAAUCUCAUCUUCUCCGCAAACCCUAGCUCUCUAUCCGACAAUGUCCGCGAACUCUGACGAACCAGUGCCACAGAACGGCGUCGGCGAGCCCGAGCAGAAGCCAAUUGAAGAACCGCAGUCUAAACCCGAGCUUAAACCAGAGCCACAAUCCGAACCGAAUUCGGAGCCGCAAGCCGAGAUUGAACCGCAAACGGAGCCAGAACCGGCGAGCGUCGCAGAUUGCGAGCCGGACGGUCCGAAAGAAGCCUCGAUCCGAUCCAAUGACGACGCCCGAAGCUCGCCUUCUGCCGCCGGAGAGGCUGCGUACCCCGAGCUGAGGAAAGACCAAGGAAAUCGGACGUUCACGAUGAGAGAGUUGCUCAAUGGACUGAAAACUGACCAAGGAAGCGACGGCGCUUAUGACUCUGCGCCGUCUCCUCACAGUCAAGAAAGCCCUCAGCAACAACAGACAGAUCAGAACAAUGCUGCGAUGGAGUUGAUUAGUAGUGUAACUGGUGUCGAUGAGGAUGGUCGUUCUCGCCAACGUGUUCUUACAUUUGCUGCCAAGAGGUAUGCUAGUGCAAUAGAGAGAAAUCCAGAUGAUUAUGAUGCACUUUACAAUUGGGCAUUGGUUCUUCAGGAAAGUGCAGAUAAUGUCAGUACAGACUCUACUUCACCUUCAAAAGAUGCAUUGCUCGAGGAAGCUUGCAAAAAAUAUGAUGAAGCUACCCGCCUUUGCCCAACUCUUCAUGAUGCUUUUUAUAAUUGGGCUAUAGCAAUUUCUGAUCGAGCAAAAAUGCGUGGCCGUACAAAGGAAGCUGAAGAAUUGUGGAAGCAGGCUACAAAGAACUAUGAAAAGGCUGUCCAACUAAACUGGAACAGUCCCCAGGCACUUAACAAUUGGGGACUUGCUCUACAGGAACUUAGUGCUAUUGUGCCUGUUCGGGAAAAGCAAACAAUUGUAAGAACUGCAAUUAGCAAGUUCCGUGCAGCUAUUCAAUUGCAGUUCGAUUUUCAUCGCGCGAUUUAUAACCUGGGAACUGUUCUGUAUGGACUAGCAGAAGACACUCUAAGAACCGGGGGAUCUGGCAGUCCCAAGGAUGUUUCCCCUAAUGAGUUGUACAGCCAAUCUGCUAUUUACAUUGCAGCUGCUCAUGCGUUGAAACCAAAUUAUAGCGUUUACACCAGUGCCUUGCGGCUGGUGCGUUCCAUGCUUCCUUUACCAUAUCUUAAAGUUGGGUAUCUAACUGCGCCACCUGCGGGGAAACCAAUUGCACCUCAUAAUGAGUGGAAACGAUCACAAUUUGUUUUGAAUCAUGAGGGCCUUCAACAGAUUAGUAAAGGUCAACAGAGACAGGUACCCCCAAGCCUCUCUGGUAGAUCAGAUGCAACGAAGAUCGACAAAAGGGCCGUCAAAGUUGAUGUUCUAGAUAUCGUUUCCGUGUCAGCAUGUGCUGAUCUGACCUUGCCACCUGGUGCAGGCCUCUGCAUUGAUACAAUUCAUGGAACCAUCUUUUUGGUCGCUGAUUCUUGGGAAUCCCUUGAUGGAUGGCUAGACGCUAUCCGUAUAGUCUACACGAUCUAUGCUCGAAAUAAGAGUGAUGUUCUUGCAGGUAUUAUAACAGGGUGACUCAACACCCACCCCCAAAUUAAAUGUUUAACCAAUGACAUGACUUUGUUGAGUUGAUGAUGUACGAUGUAUGUAUAAGAUUGCUUGCUCAAAUAAAAUUUUUUGUAUA